CUGAGCUGAAGAAAGGAAAGAAGAAAGAGACUCAAAAGUUGAAAGCUUCAAUGGCGUGCCUUCUGUCCAUGACCCUCUCUGUGCCUCUCUCAGCUUCACAUUGGUUCACAAAGGAAACAGCUCCGAGAAAAUCAGUUUUUGUUGGACUUUCAAGCCAACCAACUUCAGAAACAGCUGCAAAGCCUUCUGCCUCCUGCAGGACAAAUACGGGCAUAUCGUCUUUGAAUCGGAGUUGUCAAGAUCAUCUUUUAACCACGUCAAAACCUCAUUUUGAAAGAAUGUAUUGUUAUAUCAAUGUAGAUUCUUGUAGCUACAUGAUCAUAUCUGGUUAUUGGGUAGGACCUGAUGUUGAUGAUGGUUGGGGAUAUGUGGAAGCUUUUGUUAAUCCAAUUACUUGAGCAUUUU